AUGCCAAAUAUUGAAAAUCUCCACCAAAAACCAUUUACUAAAAGCCGUGAUCACCUCUUAAAUGUCCACCGUAAAGAAAUCCUUUACCGGGAAGAUAUUAAAACCAGUUUUGGUUAUGCUAUUGCUGGCAUUACCAUUACUUUAGCCGUAGCCGGUGGUAUCUAUGUCAUUGUCCUCGGAAUAAGCCUCGCUUACUUUGUCGACCAAACCGGCAUCGUCCAAAAAUUAAGUCGCAAACUCUUUACUAACAAAGAACAAUUAGUCACUACUCUCUUUGCCGAAAUAAAGAAAGAGGAAAAGAAGCCAGAAGUAAAUGAAGAAAGUAAAGAAUUAGAUCCCAUCACUAAAUUUCAGCAACGACAAGAACAAACAAGAGAAUAUGGGGAAAUUAAUAUUGAACCUCUGCUUAAUAUGAAAAAACUCUUAGAAAAGGUUUUGGCUGAAGCCGAGGAUGAAAUAGACGAAAUGGGAGCCGUGCAAGCCUUUGAAGUUAGUUACGAACUGGCUUGGCAUAUCUGCCAAAAAGUUUUAAGUUAUCAAGGCUAUCCAACUCGUUUUCCCCGAGAGACUUUUCGCCUCUCAGCCGAAUUAGGCUUAAUUAAAGAUCCUGAAGUUUGA